AUGAUUGGCUCGCACGCUGAAUACUCACUGACAUACAACCUAAAGCACGUGUGUGAAGACACAGAAACCGAUACACCACCUGGAAACACACCAACACCAUCCACAUCGACCGACGAAUACAACUCCACAUCCGACGACAACACCGAACCAGACGCUGACACAGACGCAGACACCGACUCAGACGACGACACCGACGCCGAAGACGAAGCAGACGACCAUCCAGAUUCGGAUUCCGCAUACACCGUCCCAUUCAACGACAAAUCCGAUGCAAUCGCACCUAAUCUCUCACCUGACGACUCUGUCACUACGCCACCCCACAGCGUCCACUCCGAUUCGGGCCUCAACACCACAUCCGCACCUUCCACUUCACCUUCACCAACACCUGCUCUUCCACCUGCAACUCCACCACCUUCACCAGACACAGAAACCGAUACACCACCUGGAAACACACCAACACCAUCCACAUCGACCGACGAGUACAACUCCACAUCCGACGACAACACCGAACCAGACGCUGACACAGACGCAGACACCGACUCAGACGACGACACCGACGCCGAAGACGAAGCAGACGACCAUCCAGAUUCGGAUUCCGCAUACACCGUCCCAUUCAACGACAAAUCCGAUGCAAUCGCACCUAAUCUCUCACCUGACGACUCUGUCACUACGCCACCCCACAGCGUCCACUCCGAUUCGGGCCUCAACACCACAUCCGCACCUUCCACUUCACCUUCACCAACACCUGCUCUUCCACCUGCAACUCCACCACCUUCACCAGACACAGAAACCGAUACACCACCUGGAAACACACCAACACCAUCCACAUCGACCGACGAAUACAACUCCACAUCCGACGACAACACCGAACCAGACGCUGACACAGACGCAGACACCGACUCAGACGACGACACCGACGCCGAAGACGAAGCAGACGACCAUCCAGAUUCGGAUUCCGCAUACACCGUCCCAUUCAACGACAAAUCCGAUGCAAUCGCACCUAAUCUCUCACCUGACGACUCUGUCACUACGCCACCCCACAGCGUCCACUCCGAUUCGGGCCUCAACACCACAUCCGCACCUUCCACUUCACCUUCACCAACACCUGCUCUUCCACCUGCAACUCCACCACCUUCACCAGACACAGAAACCGAUACACCACCUGGAAACACACCAACACCAUCCACAUCGACCGACGAGUACAACUCCACAUCCGACGACAACACCGAACCAGACGCUGACACAGACGCAGACACCGACUCAGACGACGACACCGACGCCGAAGACGAAGCAGACGACCAUCCAGAUUCGGAUUCCGCAUACACCGUCCCAUUCAACGACAAAUCCGAUGCAAUCGCACCUAAUCUCUCACCUGACGACUCUGUCACUACGCCACCCCACAGCGUCCACUCCGAUUCGGGCCUCAACACCACAUCCGCACCUUCCACUUCACCUUCACCAACACCUGCUCUUCCACCUGCAACUCCACCACCUUCACCAGACACAGAAACCGAUACACCACCUGGAAACACACCAACACCAUCCACAUCGACCGACGAGUACAACUCCACAUCCGACGACAACACCGAACCAGACGCUGACACAGACGCAGACACCGACUCAGACGACGACACCGACGCCGAAGACGAAGCAGACGACCAUCCAGAUUCGGAUUCCGCAUACACCGUCCCAUUCAACGACAAAUCCGAUGCAAUCGCACCUAAUCUCUCACCUGACGACUCUGUCACUACGCCACCCCACAGCGUCCACUCCGAUUCGGGCCUCAACACCACAUCCGCACCUUCCACUUCACCUUCACCAACACCUGCUCUUCCACCUGCAACUCCACCACCUUCACCAGACACAGAAACCGAUACACCACCUGGAAACACACCAACACCAUCCACAUCGACCGACGAAUACAACUCCACAUCCGACGACAACACCGAACCAGACGCUGACACAGACGCAGACACCGACUCAGACGACGACACCGACGCCGAAGACGAAGCAGACGACCAUCCAGAUUCGGAUUCCGCAUACACCGUCCCAUUCAACGACAAAUCCGAUGCAAUCGCACCUAAUCUCUCACCUGACGACUCUGUCACUACGCCACCCCACAGCGUCCACUCCGAUUCGGGCCUCAACACCACAUCCGCACCUUCCACUUCACCUUCACCAACACCUGCUCUUCCACCUGCAACUCCACCACCUUCACCAGACACAGAAACCGAUACACCACCUGGAAACACACCAACACCAUCCACAUCGACCGACGAAUACAACUCCACAUCCGACGACAACACCGAACCAGACGCUGACACAGACGCAGACACCGACUCAGACGACGACACCGACGCCGAAGACGAAGCAGACGACCAUCCAGAUUCGGAUUCCGCAUACACCGUCCCAUUCAACGACAAAUCCGAUGCAAUCGCACCUAAUCUCUCACCUGACGACUCUGUCACUACGCCACCCCACAGCGUCCACUCCGAUUCGGGCCUCAACACCACAUCCGCACCUUCCACUUCACCUUCACCAACACCUGCUCUUCCACCUGCAACUCCACCACCUUCACCAGACACAGAAACCGAUACACCACCUGGAAACACACCAACACCAUCCACAUCGACCGACGAAUACAACUCCACAUCCGACGACAACACCGAACCAGACGCUGACACAGACGCAGACACCGACUCAGACGACGACACCGACGCCGAAGACGAAGCAGACGACCAUCCAGAUUCGGAUUCCGCAUACACCGUCCCAUUCAACGACAAAUCCGAUGCAAUCGCACCUAAUCUCUCACCUGACGACUCUGUCACUACGCCACCCCACAGCGUCCACUCCGAUUCGGGCCUCAACACCACAUCCGCACCUUCCACUUCACCUUCACCAACACCUGCUCUUCCACCUGCAACUCCACCACCUUCACCAGACACAGAAACCGAUACACCACCUGGAAACACACCAACACCAUCCACAUCGACCGACGAGUACAACUCCACAUCCGACGACAACACCGAACCAGACGCUGACACAGACGCAGACACCGACUCAGACGACGACACCGACGCCGAAGACGAAGCAGACGACCAUCCAGAUUCGGAUUCCGCAUACACCGUCCCAUUCAACGACAAAUCCGAUGCAAUCGCACCUAAUCUCUCACCUGACGACUCUGUCACUACGCCACCCCACAGCGUCCACUCCGAUUCGGGCCUCAACACCACAUCCGCACCUUCCACUUCACCUUCACCAACACCUGCUCUUCCACCUGCAACUCCACCACCUUCACCAGACACAGAAACCGAUACACCACCUGGAAACACACCAACACCAUCCACAUCGACCGACGAGUACAACUCCACAUCCGACGACAACACCGAACCAGACGCUGACACAGACGCAGACACCGACUCAGACGACGACACCGACGCCGAAGACGAAGCAGACGACCAUCCAGAUUCGGAUUCCGCAUACACCGUCCCAUUCAACGACAAAUCCGAUGCAAUCGCACCUAAUCUCUCACCUGACGACUCUGUCACUACGCCACCCCACAGCGUCCACUCCGAUUCGGGCCUCAACACCACAUCCGCACCUUCCACUUCACCUUCACCAACACCUGCUCUUCCACCUGCAACUCCACCACCUUCACCAGACACAGAAACCGAUACACCACCUGGAAACACACCAACACCAUCCACAUCGACCGACGAGUACAACUCCACAUCCGACGACAACACCGAACCAGACGCUGACACAGACGCAGACACCGACUCAGACGACGACACCGACGCCGAAGACGAAGCAGACGACCAUCCAGAUUCGGAUUCCGCAUACACCGUCCCAUUCAACGACAAAUCCGAUGCAAUCGCACCUAAUCUCUCACCUGACGACUCUGUCACUACGCCACCCCACAGCGUCCACUCCGAUUCGGGCCUCAACACCACAUCCGCACCUUCCACUUCACCUUCACCAACACCUGCUCUUCCACCUGCAACUCCACCACCUUCACCAGACACAGAAACCGAUACACCACCUGGAAACACACCAACACCAUCCACAUCGACCGACGAGUACAACUCCACAUCCGACGACAACACCGAACCAGACGCUGACACAGACGCAGACACCGACUCAGACGACGACACCGACGCCGAAGACGAAGCAGACGACCAUCCAGAUUCGGAUUCCGCAUACACCGUCCCAUUCAACGACAAAUCCGAUGCAAUCGCACCUAAUCUCUCACCUGACGACUCUGUCACUACGCCACCCCACAGCGUCCACUCCGAUUCGGGCCUCAACACCACAUCCGCACCUUCCACUUCACCUUCACCAACACCUGCUCUUCCACCUGCAACUCCACCACCUUCACCAGACACAGAAACCGAUACACCACCUGGAAACACACCAACACCAUCCACAUCGACCGACGAAUACAACUCCACAUCCGACGACAACACCGAACCAGACGCUGACACAGACGCAGACACCGACUCAGACGACGACGACGACGACACCGACGCCGAAGACGAAGCAGACGACCAUCCCGAUUCGGAAUCCGCAUACACCGUCCCAUUCAACGACAAAUCCGAUGCAAUCGCACCUAAUCUCUCACCUGACGACUCUGUCACUACGCCACCCCACAGCGUCCACUCCGAUUCGGGCCUCAACACCACAUCCGCACCUUCCACUUCACCUUCACCAACACCUGCUCUUCCACCUGCAACUCCACCACCUUCACCAGACACAGAAACCGAUACACCACCUGGAAACACACCAACACCAUCCACAUCGACCGACGAAUACAACUCCACAUCCGACGACAACACCGAACCAGACGCUGACACAGACGCAGACACCGACUCAGACGACGACACCGACGCCGAAGACGAAGCAGACGACCAUCCAGAUUCGGAUUCCGCAUACACCGUCCCAUUCAACGACAAAUCCGAUGCAAUCGCACCUAAUCUCUCACCUGACGACUCUGUCACUACGCCACCCCACAGCGUCCACUCCGAUUCGGGCCUCAACACCACAUCCGCACCUUCCACUUCACCUUCACCAACACCUGCUCUUCCACCUGAAACUCCAACACCUUCACCAGACACAGAAACCGAUACACCACCUGGAAACACACCAACACCAUCCACAUCGACCGACGAAUACAACUCCACAUCCGACGACAACACCGAACCAGACGCUGACACAGACGCAGACACCGACUCAGACGACGACACCGACGCCGAAGACGAAGCAGACGACCAUCCAGAUUCGGAUUCCGCAUACACCGUCCCAUUCAACGACAAAUCCGAUGCAAUCGCACCUAAUCUCUCACCUGACGACUCUGUCACUACGCCACCCCACAGCGUCCACUCCGAUUCGGGCCUCAACACCACAUCCGCACCUUCCACUUCACCUUCACCAACACCUGCUCUUCCACCUGCAACUCCACCACCUUCACCAGACACAGAAACCGAUACACCACCUGGAAACACACCAACACCAUCCACAUCGACCGACGAAUACAACUCCACAUCCGACGACAACACCGAACCAGACGCUGACACAGACGCAGACACCGACUCAGACGACGACACCGACGCCGAAGACGAAGCAGACGACCAUCCAGAUUCGGAUUCCGCAUACACCGUCCCAUUCAACGACAAAUCCGAUGCAAUCGCACCUAAUCUCUCACCUGACGACUCUGUCACUACGCCACCCCACAGCGUCCACUCCGAUUCGGGCCUCAACACCACAUCCGCACCUUCCACUUCACCUUCACCAACACCUGCUCUUCCACCUGCAACUCCACCACCUUCACCAGACACAGAAACCGAUACACCACCUGGAAACACACCAACACCAUCCACAUCGACCGACGAAUACAACUCCACAUCCGACGACAACACCGAACCAGACGCUGACACAGACGCAGACACCGACUCAGACGACGACGACGACGACACCGACGCCGAAGACGAAGCAGACGACCAUCCCGAUUCGGAAUCCGCAUACACCGUCCCAUUCAACGACAAAUCCGAUGCAAUCGCACCUAAUCUCUCACCUGACGACUCUGUCACUACGCCACCCCACAGCGUCCACUCCGAUUCGGGCCUCAACACCACAUCCGCACCUUCCACUUCACCUUCACCAACACCUGCUCUUCCACCUGCAACUCCACCACCUUCACCAGACACAGAAACCGAUACACCACCUGGAAACACACCAACACCAUCCACAUCGACCGACGAAUACAACCCCACAUCCGACGACAACACCGAACCAGACGCUGACACAGACGCAGACACCGACUCAGACGACGACACCGACGCCGAAGACGAAGCAGACGACCAUCCAGAUUCGGAUUCCGCAUACACCGUCCCAUUCAACGACAAAUCCGAUGCAAUCGCACCUAAUCUCUCACCUGACGACUCUGUCACUACGCCACCCCACAGCGUCCACUCCGAUUCGGGCCUCAACACCACAUCCGCACCUUCCACUUCACCUUCACCAACACCUGCUCUUCCACCUGCAACUCCACCACCUUCACCAGACACAGAAACCGAUACACCACCUGGAAACACACCAACACCAUCCACAUCGACCGACGAGUACAACCCCACAUCCGACGACAACACCGAACCAGACGCUGACACAGACGCAGACACCGACUCAGACGACGACACCGACGCCGAAGACGAAGCAGACGACCAUCCAGAUUCGGAUUCCGCAUACACCGUCCCAUUCAACGACAAAUCCGAUGCAAUCGCACCUAAUCUCUCACCUGACGACUCUGUCACUACGCCACCCCACAGCGUCCACUCCGAUUCGGGCCUCAACACCACAUCCGCACCUUCCACUUCACCUUCACCAACACCUGCUCUUCCACCUGCAACUCCACCACCUUCACCAGACACAGAAACCGAUACACCACCUGGAAACACACCAACACCAUCCACAUCGACCGACGAAUACAACUCCACAUCCGACGACAACACCGAACCAGACGCUGACACAGACGCAGACACCGACUCAGACGACGACACCGACGCCGAAGACGAAGCAGACGACCAUCCAGUUUCGGAAUCCGCAUACACCGUCCCAUUCAACGACAAAUCCGAUGCAAUCGCACCUAAUCUCUCACCUGACGACUCUGUCACUACGCCACCCCACAGCGUCCACUCCGAUUCGGGCCUCAACACCACAUCCGCACCUUCCACUUCACCUUCACCAACACCUGCUCUUCCACCUGCAACUCCACCACCUUCACCAGACACAGAAACCGAUACACCACCUGGAAACACACCAACACCAUCCACAUCGACCGACGAAUACAACUCCACAUCCGACGACAACACCGAACCAGACGCUGACACAGACGCAGACACCGACUCAGACGACGACACCGACGCCGAAGACGAAGCAGACGACCAUCCAGAUUCGGAAUCCGGAUGCACCGUCCCAUUAAGCGGCAAAUCGGUUGCACUCUCAUCUUGCGUAUUUCGUGAUCCGUCCGUCUCAUUUUUUCUUAUUAUUCUACUCUUGUUAAGGUAG